CUCCGCCCUGUUCAGUAGCUUCAGCUGAGCGAAACUAUGCAACUUGAUCCCAGGCCCAGUGACGAGCUAUGGGGGUUUUCACUCCUGCCUCCAACCAUGUGUGAUGUGAUUGAGUUCUCAGUCGCUGAGUGCACUGAGAAUACGAGCUAGAGUGAAGAGGAUCACAGAGAGACAGACAGCUGCUCCACAGAGAAGCAAUGGGAGUUUUAUAAUAAAUUGACAAUCGUAGGCAACCGAAAGCAGUGUUUUAUAGUAUCGAUUUGUAAUUGUUGUUUUAGAUAGCUUCCUGGGAAUGCAAGCAAUGGAUCCAAUAACGAAGUGGACACCAAAGCAAGUUGUCGACUGGAUGAAAGGGCUGGAUGACAGCCUGCAGCAGUAUGUAGCAAACUUUGAGCAGGAGAAAAUCAGUGGGGAGCAGCUGCUGAAGAUCUCCCAUCAGGACCUGGAGGAGCUGGGUGUGGCCCGCAUUGGACACCAGGAGCUGGUGCUGGAGGCUGUCGACCUGCUCUGUGCUCUGAACUACGGAGUGGAGACAGACAACCUGAAGGGUCUGGUGGUGAAGAUGAGAGCAGCCACCAACAGCCUGCACAUGUCCACGUCAGACCGCAGGAAGAGCCCGACAUACGACGGCAGCACCUCCAGGAAACCCCCCAACGACUUCCUCACCUCCGUGGUGGAGCUCAUCGGAGCUGCCAAGAGUCUCCUGGCCUGGCUGGACAGGACGCCCCUGACUGGGAUCAGUGACUUCACCAGCACCAAGAAUAAGAUCAUUCAUCUGUGUCUGGACCUCACCACCACAGUUCAACAGGACUAUACUGUUUACGAGAUGGAAGAAAAGAUCCUGGAAGUUGCCAAGGUUCUGAACAGCAUCUGUGACCAGACUGUGAGAACCACCUCUGACCCUCUGAUGAGCCAAUCAGCAUGCUUGGAUGAAGUUCAGCUCAACAACCUCAAGCCUGGGGAGGGACUGGGUAUGUACAUCAAAUCCACCUAUGAUGGCCUUCAUGUCAUCACGGGCACCACAGAGCAUUCCCCGGCGGACAUGACUAGGAAGAUCCAUGGAGGUGACGAGGUGAUCCAGGUCAACCAGCAGACAGUGGUGGGCUGGCAGCUGAAGAACCUGGUGGGGAAGCUGAGAGAGGACCCUAAAGGUGUAGUCCUACUACUGAAGAAGAGACCUACAGGCACCUGCGGGUUCACACCGGCCCCCCUCAAGAACAUGCGUUGGAAGCCGCCCAUGGCUCAGAGCACCCCUUCCCUGAACAAACACCAGUCUCCAGGUUGUUCCACAGACGGCUCCACCAAGAAGGAGAAACCCGCUAUCCUGGACCUGUACAUCCCCCCUCCCCCCUCGGUACCCUACACCCCACGCUGUGUACCCCUAGAGAUCCACAGAGAGAUUAAGAUCAGCUCUUACUCCAGUAUCAGUAAGAUCAGACCAAAGGGUUCAGAGUCGCCCAAUUCCUUCCUGGACCUGGAGAGUCAAAGACGCUUCACCAUCGCAGACUACGACAAGCUGGGUGUGGUCUACCCUAUCGAGGCCAAUGUCAUUCAGCCCUCGAUGAGGCAACGCAACACCUCGUCUCGUGGUAAGCCACGCCCCCUCUCCAUGCCAGUGGACACCUGUCUUGGAGUUGCAGACCCCUAUGCCAAGCUCUUGGCACAAGGCCAGAAAGGCGAGGAUCUACUGUACAGAUACCUGAGUAAUGAGCGGAUCCCCACCAUCGCUGAGGAGGUCACAUCAGUGGCGCCGCCCUACAGGCCAGUGGGGGAACGGCAGCUGAUCCGAGGGGUGGACCACAUCCGGGGCAGCCGCUACUUUGCCAACCAGGACCUCCACCACAGCGCCACCAUCCCCUACCAGGACCAUGACCUGGACAGCAAAAAGACCCCCAUAGCCCCCACCUCCAAACGCCCCCCGGCAGAGCCCUCGCUACUGGUGUCUGACAGGCGCUCCAGCAGUGGCUUCCCCAACAGAUACAGCCAACCUCAUAUUCGAUCCUGGUCCUUCUCCCAAGCGGCUGCCUUCCCUAUAUCUCUGGCUCCCUCCAUGGCAGCUGAUGACUACAACCCUGUUUCCCUGAGACAGAAGUCCAGGAGGAAGACUCGAGGAGGUAAUGUGGCGAUGAGCAGGCGGAGGGUCUCGGUUAAAGAGCUGGGGGAAUCUGACCACCAGGGCUGGCUCUACAGGAAGAAGGAAGGAAAGGGCCUCCUGGGCUUCAAAUGGAAGAAGUACUGGUUUGUGCUGAAGAAGACUUCUCUGUACUGGUACACUAAUCCGCUGGCAGAGAAAGCAGAGGGAUACAUUAACCUGACUGACUUCAUGAUCGACAGAGCAUUGGAGUGCAAGAAAAAAUUUGCCAUCAAAGCAUGUCACCCGCAAGUCAUGAUGUUUUACUUUGCAGCUGAUACCUAUGAGGAGAUGAACAUAUGGUUGAAUAAGCUUGGGCUCGCUUCAAUCCAAUAUGAAUCAGCAGAGAGCAACACUGCUGAGUGCUACAGCGAGGGGAGUGAUCACGAGGAGGCUGAGACGACAGAGGCCCCCCCUCCCCCAUACUCAGAGCAGAUGAGCCAGGACUCUGUGGAUGUGGGUGGUCCACAUGGCAGUGGACAUCAGGGUAGCCUCCUUCCCCCAUACUCCUUCCCCCCUCCCAGCGAGACCAAUGGAUCCUUCUCCUCACCUGUCAGCACAAUAACAUCACAGAGUUCCGGGUCCUCUCUGGCCAAGCAUCGUCAGUCCUGGCUGGACCUGGUCUCGCAGGCCUCUCCUGUUGCCGGGGAAACGGUGGUGUGCUCUGUGCAGGUCCACACAAAUCAGCCCCCACAGCAUCAGGAGAAUGAGGGGCCCUUACAGCACCACCAGGAGGCUUCGUCCUACCAGGACCCCCCAGGGAGCACAGCCAGGGAAGACUUUAACUCCAGGGAGCAGACAGAGGAGUUGGCUGUGCUAGAAAUAGGGACAGAAGAUGUGAACCAUGAAGCCUCGUCUGAUGAGAUGGAGAGAUUGUACAUCCACCUCAAGCAGGCCAGCCUCUCUCCCAUAGGAGACCGCAAACCGUCCACCAAGAGGGACUUCAGAGCCUCCUUUAUAAAGCGAUGCAAAAACCAGGACAUUAAUGAGAAACUGCAUCUCAUCAGGACCCUCAACAGCACGCUAAAGGCCAAGGAGGCAGACCUGUUGACCAUCGAGCAGGUGCUGUCAGACCCUGACCUCACCUCGCCCAGAUUCAGGGAAUGGAAAGAGGCCAACACACCUUUGCUCCAGGAGAUUUGUCUCAAGCAUGUACACCAGGUGGCAGCACAGGUAGAGCCCUCCGCAGCAGCAGCCAACGCCAUCGCUGUCUCCUUUGUGGAGACCAGUUUAUAAGGGAGUAAGAUGAAGUUGCCCCUAAACACUGAUCUAAUGUCAGUUUUGAGUUUCUCCCACUAAUGCUUAUGAAUAGGAUUUGGGAUGGAUGAGCUUAUUGUGGACCUGUGCCUGAGGGCAACUUUUACUCAGAACGUUUUAUAAGACUCACUGCCAUUAUUAUCUACCCAUAACCCAGUAGCGCUAAUAGUUGUACUUAGGCUGGGUUUUUAUCAAACUACAUACAAUAGGAAGCAGCUCAUGUUGUCUUGCCACUAAGUGGACUCAUGAUAAGAAUAAAGUUUUUUUUAAUAUUUUUUUUAAGUUCUUAACUGGAGUUGGUGCAAACAUUUGGUUGAUUGGAUUAAAUUACCGGUGUAUGGUUUUAUAUUGUUAAUGUUGUAAUUUUUCUUUUUAUGUUUUGAGAUGUAACAUUUUUCAGUUUUUUUUUAAUUCUGUUGUAAUGUGUACCAUAUUUGUGUUUGCUUGUUUUUGUGGUAUCUUAAGUAGUGAGUGAUGGAACAUUGGGUACAUGUGAACCAUCUCUCAAAUGUAUUUCCAAGUGUUUCUUUUGCAACAUGAUCAGUAGCCCAUAGGACAAGGUUUUAUUUUCUAAUAGUUUUACUAACAGUAACUAGUACUGUGACUUAGACUGUCAUCUUGGUUACAUUAGGAUCAUGAUACUUUUGUGGGUUUGCCUAGAUACAUUUUCAUUCAACAUUGCUGUAUGUGAUAGAUGUUACAUUCAGAUCCGUGGAGAUGUUGUUAUGCAAUCAUAACAUUUUGUGCCAGCAACAAUUCAUCAUGAAUUGUAAAUUACAUGAUUUAACUGUGUGGUAAAUAUUUUAAAUAAAUAAUUGUACAUAAGUGUAAGGAGUGUACAAUUCUAUAUUUUCAUUCGUAAAUUGUCAUUAAUUGCCUGUAAGAGUAUUAAAGUGUUUAAAUGCUCUACGUUCUAAA